UGGAGGGACGUCGGGCGCACUCCUGUUGCGUCACUAGAGUGCGACCCCAGAUACAGACCAGGUGUGGGCUCCAAAAGUAUGGCAGCUACCGAGGCGGCGGUGGUACCGUCGUCAUCUUUGGAAACAGACACAGCCCUGGUCCCUGAAACUGCAGGAACACCCGCCGCAACGGCCGCCACCUCCCCAGCGACGGCUGCAGCCGCGGCCGUGACGGCCGCUGCCAGGACCGGACCCGACGCCAGGGUCUCCAAGGCCGCUCUGGCUACUAAGCUGCUGUCCCUGAGCGGCGUGUUCGCCGUGCACAAGCCCAAAGGGCCCACUUCAGCCGAGCUGCUGAAUCGGCUGAAGGAGAAGCUGCUGGCAGAAGCUGGAAUGCCUUCUCCAGAAUGGACCAAAAGGAAAAAACAGACUUUGAAAAUUGGACAUGGAGGGACACUAGACAGUGCAGCCCGAGGAGUUCUGGUGGUUGGAAUUGGAAGGGGAACAAAAAUGUUGACCGGUAUGUUGUCAGGGUCCAAGAGGUAUAUUGCCAUUGGAGAACUGGGGAAAGCUACUGACACACUAGACUCUACUGGGAAAGUAACAGAAGAAAAACCUUACGAUAAAAUAACACAAGAAGAUAUUGAAGGCAUUCUACAGAAAUUUACUGGGAAUAUAAUGCAGGUACCUCCCCUCUAUUCUGCAUUAAAGAAAGAUGGACAGAGACUUUCAACCUUGAUGAAGAGAGGCGAAGUAGUAGAAGCAAAACCUGCCAGGCCUGUUACCGUAUACAGUCUCUCCCUUCAAAAAUUCCAGCCACCAUUUUUCACAUUAGAUGUUGAAUGUGGAGGAGGUUUUUAUAUCAGAAGCUUGGUCAGUGACAUUGGUAAAGAACUCUCUUCCUGUGCCAAUGUCCUAGAGCUGACCCGAACCAAACAGGGACCAUUUACACUAGAAGAGCACGCUCUGCCUGAAGACAAAUGGACGAUUGAUGACAUUGCACAGUCUCUGGAACAUUGCUCAUCUCUUCUCCCAGCAGAAUUGGCACUUAAAAAAUCAAAACCUGAGGAAUCUAAUGAACAAGUUUUGAGCUGUGAAUAUAUAACGCUCAGUGAGACAAAGGGAGAAGAUGAUGUCAUUAAGACAUAUUAAGAUUGGUUUGGGAUUGUCAUCAUUUCUUGGUUGACAUUUGAAUCCUGUGUACAGAAUGACAAGCUACGUGCAAAAGACAACCACUAUUUUUUUUUCCGCAUGAUUGUGUGUGUGUGUGUGUGUGUGUGUGUGUGUGUGUGAAGAAAAACGUUCAUCAUUUACAGUUUUUAUGGUGUACAAUUUAUCUGCUCUACAUUAUAAAUAGCCUUGCAGUUAGUUGUUCAGUUGUUUGCCUUACUAUGGAAUGUUCUUUUAGGAUGUUAUUAUGUUGUUAGAUUGGAUUCAGGAAAACCAGACCUUCUGAUUUUGAUCUUUCUUCAAAGUCUUUUCCUGGAAAAAGUUGAACACAUUUUCUAAUCAGAGAAAAAAGAAACACAAGUUACAUGUUUCUUUGGUGUCACGAGAGUGAGUGUAAAUUAGUGUUAUAUUGACUUAACUUUGGCUUCCUCGUGGCUCUUGUAUUGAAGUUCGUUAUGUUUGGAAAGGCCAUUAUUUAACUCAUGUUCUGAAGUUUACAAUUAUUAAGAACAUUUAUUUGAUAAGGCUGUACUACCCUGGUAAUAGCUAUGUUUGUUUAGAUCUUAGAAACCAAUAAACUUUUGUAAUAAAUAUUUGUAAAUAAAUUAUUGCUGCUACCACUACCAGAAUGUAAAUAGAAGACUAAAUAUUUAAUUAAAUUGACCUCUACCAUGAGUGCAAAGGACAGCCUGUGGCUUAUAUUUUGGCAGCUCUGUGAUCUUUUCCUAAUGAUUUCCUCAACACAGUCAACCGCCCUGCACCAAGUUAUUAAAUAGCAUAAUUUUUAAAAAUUAAGCUAAAGAAUGUAUCUUUAAUUUAGAAUUUCUUUUCCCUAUUUCUUAGUAUUUGUAUCUCUACAGGGCAUUAAUCCCUAUGACACUGCUGGGGUUUUUUUGGUUUUUGUUUUUAGUUUGCUGUUUCAAAUUAUAUUUAUAGAUAUUGAAAUAGCUACCCUGUAUUUUCCAGUUAAUCACUUAUGCUCUAAAUAUUUUAAAACCGUUAUUCUCAAAUGUUUUUAUUCAAAUAGCCUACUGAAAGUUCCAGGUCCCUUUUUAACAUAAUUCUGAAAAUGUAGUCACAUUACAAAAUGACAAAUUUCACAUAUAAGGAGUGCUUCAUAUUUUUGUUACGGGAAAGCAAUAUAUUAUGUGGCCAGUCUUCAGAAAUGUCUGAAUCCUGCUUCAUUUAUUCAAAUAAGUAUACUUUCUAAAAGAAGAAUAGUUUAAAAUUUCAUAAUUUAGGAGUUUCUAGGUUUUUAUGGAUUGCAUUUCUUGUAAAAGUAGUUGUUUGUUUGCAACCUCUAACUCAAAAAUUGAAAUAUGUAAACUAGUGUGAUUUUAUUUGUAGUUAAUCUAAUAUAAAUUAAGUAUAAAAAGUUACAUGGUUUAGUAGAUCAUUUUCAUCAUAUUGGCUAUUUAUUUAUUUAUUUAUAUUUUUUAUUUUUAAAGUAGGCUCCAUGCCCUGCAUGGAGCUUGACAUGGGGCUUGAACUCACAACCUGAGACCAAGACCUGAGCUGAAGUCGAGAGUCAGAUACUUUGACUAAACCACUCAGGUGCGCCUUGACGAUAUAAUUUAAAUGAGAAUAUUAAAACUAAUUCUAAUUAUGACACACAAAACUAUAAGGGAAAGACUUUGAUCUCUUGAUGCUGUAAUAUAAAAUACCAAACACACAGUUACAAGUUGAGAGUUUACAAUUUUACUUAAUCACAUAUCAUGCCCUGCAGUUUGUAUCAACCAGAGUGGCAGUGGCUGCCCCUGCCUGCUGGAGCAGCACAGCUUCUCAUUUGUUACGUCUGUAUGCAUUGCCAAUUAAGGUCCAAAUAGAGGAACAUUCAAGUUUUAGAGAACAACUGGGGCAUCUGUGCCCUAUUUCUCCACUUAAAAAUUGACAUAUAUAAUUUGCCAACGGAAAAUAAUAGAGAUUUUAUCUUUUUUUAUAUUUACAACACUGAAGGAAAUUUUGCCAAGUGGAAAAAUUACCCAUAAUCCUUACCUUCCUGAUGCAGUGACUUCAGAGCUUUAAUAUAGUAUUCCUGUCUUCCCAUUUUUUUGUUUACCUAGUUACAGUCUUAAGGCAUUUAUAUUUUCUAAUUGUGUUUUCAUUUCAUAUUAUCAGACUAUAUUUCUGUUUAGUUUUGGUAAUUAUUUUAAUCAUAUCACUUCAUGUUCAGUUUAUUUGAGCCAUUUCCCUAUUGCUGAGCACUUACGUUAUUUUCAGUUUUCUUAGAUCAAUUCCUGGGAAUGGGAUUAUUAAGGGGAAUAACAAGAACAGCUUUAUGGCUCUUCAUAUGUUUGCCUUAUUGUUUUCCCAGAGUUAUAACAUUUUACAGUGGCACCCUUUCAGUAUAUCAGCUCAUUAAAAGUUUACAGCUUUGGGUGGGGGUUUUAUAUGUUGUUGCUAAUUUAGUAAGAAUAACGGUUCAAGACUGCUCUUGCUUUUGUGUGACUUUUUCAUAUACUUUGUUCAUUUAUAGAAAUAAAUGGUCUUAAUGGUUUCUUUAUA